AGAAAAACCCAAGAGACAAAUCAAAUAAUCCCGAAAAAUAUUAGAAUCCCUCCCCCCUCCUCCCCCGAAAGGAAGAAAACCAAACAAGAAAAGAAAUUACCCCCGAAAAGAAAGAUGGCGUCAUCCGUCAGUAGCAACGGCGGCAGCAAUAACGUCAUGAUCCGCAGCAAAAGCGAUUCGAUUGGAGUUGCGGGAGGUCACACGGCGACAGCGAUGGAUGAACGCAAUACACAAGGAAUCGGCGGUGGCGUCGGCGGAGGCAAUACGACGGCGACGCUGAUCGGAGGGUUGGCGACAGGUCCGGAAAGGCGGGCGACGACGGCCGACGAUUCGGCCAUUUCGUUCAGUGAGGAAGAGGAGGAAGAAGACGAAGACGAAAUGGAUGGCGAAGGAGAUGAUGACGAGGAGGAAGAUGAUCACCGGCCGGAAUCGUCCGAGGCCAACGCGGCGGCCGCUGCCGCUGCAGCCGCUUUCAACGCCGCCGCCGCUGCCGCCUUCCAGCGUCAACUUUUGGCCAAUUUCCCACUCUUUCAUCAUGCGUCAGACGGAUCGAGUAAACUGGAUAACGAUCCAUCAAACGCGUCGGCUGCGAUGGAAGCCAUGUCCUCCACCAACAACAGCCCCAAUCCAUUCGAGAGUUACAUCGCGGCGGCGGCAGCAGCCGCAGCCGCAGCCAACGCCGAGGCUCUCUUCCGCCAACACCAGCAGCAGCUGGCCAUGUCCAGUUCCGGAAGCCACGCCGCCAGACUCAGCGAGAAACGGACGGCCCACGACAGCGGCACAGACGACAACGACCUGUCUCUCGGCGGAGGUAAAUGCACUGAUGGAUCAGGAAGCGGCAAAAGCCCGGCCGGAAUCCACCAGCAACCGCCGAGCAACAAGCGACGGAAGCAAUCCAAGCCCGUGCGGAUUAGCAGCGACCAAGAGCCGGGUGCCAACGACGAAAACGCCACAUCGGCCGUGACGGCAUUUCUGGCCGCCCAAACGGCCGCCGCCGCCGCCGCCCUGUUCCACCAGAACAAUCCGAACGCAUCCAGCGAAGAAGAAGAGGAAGGAGUUCUCCUGCAACCGAAUUCAUCCGGCGCCAAACUCCUCAACGGCCAGCACCAGCAGCAAAUGUUGGAGUGGGUGCGGGCGAAUAAUCACAUGAUGACGGGCGGCGGGAGUCACGAGAGCGAGCAAGAAGAGGGCCAGAUCAUCCGCAGCUCAUCGGCGAAUUCAUCCGGCGGUGGGCACAUGUUCGACCACCAACUGGCCAGUCGUCUGAUGAUGGCCGGCAAUUCCUCUUCGGCAGCUGCCCGUAGUUUCGCAGACUUUCUGGCCUCGACGGCCGCCGGAGGUGGUAACGGCAAAGGAUUUCCUUUAUUUCCUUCACCCGCUUACGGCGGAAGCUGGAAUCAGCAGCAGCAGCAAAUGAUGAUGAACAUCAUGUCGAUGAAUCGAUCCGGCGGUAUGAUGUUUGACGACGGCGAAGUGAGCCGGAGCAGUAGCCAUUGCUCCGGAUCGCCAACCGGCGGAUUAGGAGGCAGCCACCACCACCACCACCACUUGACGGAUGCGAAAAAGAAUCAUCCAAACGACGAGAGUGGCGAACGAUCCAGUUCCGAUUCACCCUUCGCCUUCCGCAACAUGCUGAAAUACGGUGGGUCCGCUUCCGGCGGAUUCUACCCCUCUGGCGGCCCGUCAGCCUCGUCGCCGUUCCUCUUCCCAUUCCUGCAGUCGUCGUCGGCCGGUAAUUCUCCAUUGGCCAAUCACUCGAUGGGCAGAGGCCCAAGCGGUGGGCUGUUGGGCUCACCGUCGGCCCUGGGCGGAAGCAUCCGCAUCUUCAACCACGAAGCCUACUGCGAGCUGUGCAACAAAGAGUUUUGCAACAAAUACUUUCUCAAGACCCACAAGGCCAACAAGCACGGCAUCUACGUCGAUAAUAUCCCGCCAACGCCGACGCCACCGACGACCAAUGGUGGCGGAGUCGUCGUCACUGGAGGCAGCACUACAUCCGUCACCCCGGAUGGUCGAAUUUCCGGCCCGGCUUCAAUUUCAACGCCAUCCAGCAGCAGCAGCGCUGGCCUCGGCAUCGGCAGUAGCAACGGCGUCCAGUCUCUUCCGUUUUCGGUGUCGAGUUCAUUCGGUCCGCCGUCCUUGUCGUUGACUGUGGGCGCCAUGACGUAUCCGAUGCAUCCGCCUUCCACGGAAUUGGCUCCCAUCGAUCCGGCACCGCCCGUCACCUACUCGCCCAUCAUGACAACGUCGCCGUCGAAAUCCAUUUACCAGACCGGAGGGUUGUUGGCGUCGGCGUCGAUGACGACGACAUUAUCCACCUCGGCCACGACGACCAUCCCGUCGCUGUCAGCCAUCACGACGCCGACCAGCGGAAUGAGCGCGCCACCCGGCGGAUUGAUGGACUUUUUCCCCAUGUGGCCGUCGCAGACGUCCACUCCGCCCGUAACGACGUCCAACAACACGCUGGCCGUUCCGUCGUCUCUCAAUCCAAUUUCGACGUCGGCCGUCUCGAUGAAGCACAACCUGCAGCACCUGCCGGGCGGAAUCGUCAAUCCGGAAGCCUACUGCGAGCUGUGUCAGAAAGAGUUUUGCAACAAGUACUUCCUAAAGAGACACAAGGCCAAGAUGCACGGCAUCAUUCCACCGGAAGGCAGCGCACCAACGACUCCCUCCUCUGCCGGAACUUCACUUCCAUCAUCCAGCGGCGGCGGUGGUGGUGGUGGUGGAUCUUCAUCCCACAAAAGGAGCAAGUCUCAUUCGUCGAAACAAACAGCCCCACUGGCAAUUGCAGCGGCAGCAGCAGCAACAACUGCCGUUGAUCUCAAAAUUCCAAUAACUCUUCCAUCAACGGCCAUCACUUCUCCGGCUCGGAAUCUUUCGGCCAGCGGAAGCGAAGCGAUCACCGAACAGCCAGCAACGGUCGCCGAUCCUGUCCAGGAAUCCAACGGAACGACGUCGACGGCCUUCAACCUUCUGAUGCAAGGCGGACUGGGCAGUUUGGGCAUCAAAAACGAAACAGGUGGAUGCGGAAGCGGAGGUGUUUUGCCAUCCAGCGGAUCCAAAUUGGAUUUGAGCAACAGCAGCGGCGGCCGGCAGGACAACAACAGCUUGUCGCUUUUGAAAAUCCCGACGCCGUCGCUUUCGGCCAUGUUCUCGACGCCAUCACCCAUGAUGGAAUCUCAUCCGGCUCGCAUUCAUCACUCGAAAACGCCUUCUUCAUCUUCUUCUUCCGGCGGAGGAGGAGGAGGUGGCGCCAACGGAAGCAGCGGAGGCGGCGGCGGCGUCGGCGGCGGCAUGGUGCCGCAGCAAUUGUUUUCCCCGGAACGACUCCGCCAGAUGGGCGUCAUCAAUACGGAAGCGUUUUGCGAGAUUUGCUGCAAGGAAUUCUGCAACAAGUACUUUUUGCGGACGCACAAAUUCAAAAAGCACGGAAUCGGAUCCAUGCCCGAGCAGCAGCAGCAGCAGCAGUCGUCGAGCCAGCAGUCGGAUUCGUCCUCUUCGACCGGAAUGAUCCGCCAGCACCACUACAACAACAACAACAACAACAACAAUAAAAGGGGCGGACCGAGUCCGACGGCCAAACAACUAGCGAUCACCAACAGCGAAUUCAGCCCCGAGCAGAAGAUGCCAUUGAAUUUGGUGACGACUCCGUCGGGGACGUUGACAACAGCGACGACAACAACAACAACAAUGGGGCAACAACAACAACCACCACAACAACAACAGGCCAGCCAGCUGGAUGGUGGAAUGCCGCUCUCGUGCGAUCUGUGCCAACGACCUUUCCAGUCGACUUACCUGUUGCACAUGCAUCGCACCUACUUCCAUAAUCAACCACCUCCGGCGGAUGAGUCGAUGAACGAGAACGACAUGAACGACACGUCAGCCAUGGACGAGGACAAUCAAUCAGACAACGGACAGGAAGACGAUGAAACUGGAACUUUCACCAACACCAACUCACCCCAACCGCCGUCGAUCGCCGUCAAAUCAGAGCCGGAGGCCCGGAAUGCGGAUGCAGCCGGCGAAGAUCAGCGACCCGUUUCGACCGAUGCCAACAAUUCGUCCUCGGGCGGAAUCACCAUCAGCGCCGACCUGCAGAAACUCCAGUCGAUGAUUAUGGAGUUGAACGGAUCGUCGUCGGCGGCUGCAGCUGCGGCCGCCGCCGCCUCCAUGGCCGGAGAGGAUCGCCGACGCUGCUGGAUGGACAGCCCUGUCAAGAGCUCGGGCAACAACAUUAAUCAGCUGAGCGUCGGUCACAACGAGUCGGGUAAUCAUUACAUCAGCGCCAGCGGCGGCGGCAUCGUCAAGAUCGUCAAUCCGGCCACUAGCGAUCCAUCGGAUCCGGGCAAUUUGGCGUCGGCGUCUUCGUCUUCGAGCAUGUGCCACCUGUGCGCCAACAAAGAUUUCCUGUCUCCAUCCUACCUCCAGAUUCACAUGCAAAAUUUCCACGGAAUCGGCGUCGGCGGAAGUGGCGAUCCAUCGGCGGCCGCCAUGGAAGCGGCCGUCGCCGCCGCCGCUUCUCAACUCGGUUUCGACCGUCUGCUCGAUUUCGGACCUCCUCCCGCACCCUCUUCGACAUCCGGUCACCACCACAUGAAACGUUCCAGCGGCGGAGGAGGAGGCGGCGGCGGAGGAGGAGGUCGCUCGUCAUCUUCGGCCUCUCCGGCGGCCACCCGCAGCUACUGCCAGAUCUGCAACAAGGAAUUAUGCAACAAGUACUUUAUGAAAACUCACAUGCUGAAAAUGCACGGCAUCCACCUGGAGGCCAGCGGCGGCGGGUCUCAAAUCGGCGGAGUCCAGUGCGACAUCUGCCACAAGGAAUUGUGUUCCAAAUACUUCCUCAAAGUCCACAAGCAAAACACUCACGGCAUCGUGUUCCCCGACCAUGAAAUGCUCCUGCCCAAUGGCGUGGGCGGACCUGCUGGUAACAUGUUGAAGGAGCAACAGCAUCAAGGAGUGAUGGAUCUCUCCUUCCAUCAACACCACCACCACCAACAACAACAGCAACAGCAGCAGCAACAACAAAUGCAACAGCAGAUGAUGGAAGGGUCAAACAGUCCGGUCAAGUCCAAUUCCGUGACGGAAUCGUGUCCGCUGUGCCCCAAGCGCUUCAAGAGCUCAAAGGCCCUCAAGGCCCAUUUGAGUCACGAACAUUCCGGCUCUUCCGGCUCUUCGACGGCGGCUUGCUGCUACAUUUGCAGCCAGCAGUUUGGCGACGUUGUGGCGUUGCAGGUCCACCUGAUCAAGAGUCACGCCUCGCAUUUGAUGGAUCACCACCAGACUCCACCUCCUCCGGUCAGCGUUUCGACCUCGGUGGCCGCCGCCACUCCUACGGCCGGCGGCAGUGAACAACAGCAGGCCAAUCAGGGCUGUCCCAUGUCUUCGCCUUCACCAAAGACUUCGCCGUCGUCCUUCCAGCGCUCGUCUUACUGCGACUAUUCCGCCGGAUACGGUCUGUUCGCCAACGAGCGCGGCGGACAGAUGGGGGAGUCGUGUCCUCCACCUCCUCCUAUGCCCGGCCUGGUGCCGGCCUCGGCCAACGCCAGUCCUCGGCCGUCGAGCGCCGUCGGAACUCGGUCGCCACCUGCCGCCGUCAAUCAGCAAAAGAUCCAGUGUCCAUUAUGCGGUCACCAACUGCCACUGGAACAAUUUCAGACUCACCUAAUGGCCCAUCAGUUCCCCAUUAACUUUUUGCACACUCUGAUGCCUCCGUCGUCGUCGGCUGGAACGGCAACAGCUCCAGAAUCUCACGCCCAUGAAGAACAGGAACACGACGAGUUAGGAGCCAUCAAUCAGCAGCAGCAACAACAGCAACAACAGAGAAAUACAACAACAACACCAACAACAGGGCGUCGUAAACGUCGUUACCGCUGUUCCGUGUGCAGUCGAAAGUUCGCCACCCGCCAGCUCUGCCUCACUCACAUCCUGCAGCGCCAUCCGCCAUCGAUGCGGAGCAGCCACAACAGCGGCGGCUCAAUGACCAACGCCAAAAGCGGAAUUGGAUUCGGCCUGUCGUCGCCGACGUCGCCCGUCUCCACGUGCCACAUGAUCCAGUCACAACAGCGGCCAUUGACCUGCCCUCGGUGUGGGUACGCGACCCGGCAGCCGCAACUGCUCCGGCUCCACUUGCGGACGCAGCAAUGCAUUCCGGUGGUGGCCCGCAAUCCCGACCUGCAGCAGCUUCCACCUUAUUUGGCCGUUCCGACGUCGACGGCCUCGAUGGGUGGGCCACACGCCGGCAGCCCGUCCAGGCUCUCGGCCAUCAUCAACAACAAGCAGGGACUGGGAUUGCAGUCGGUCCAGGGCCAACACGCCCACCGCCAGGAUUUCGUCCUUCAGGCGUUCCUGUUGACCCAGCCGGAUGCGGAAACCAACAAAUCGUCGAGCUCGUCGAACGCCAACGCCAAGAAUCGGCGCGGAGGUGAUCCAGGAGCCAACCAGGAGAACGGGCACCACAACAAUCACGACGAUCAAGUGAUGGAUCCUUCGACGGUCGCCAUCAAACGGGAGAGCCAACAAAAUGGUAACCGGCUGAGCGGCCAGGAUUCUGAGGAGCGCAAACGGACGACGACGGACCAACAAAAGGAUCGGCCAGCUGACGCCGCCACCAAGGAGCCGCGGGACAAUGGCGACGACGAAGACGAGGAGGAAGAAGGUCAGAAUCAGAGUUGUAAUUUCAUCCCUUCGUUGAUCCUGUUGCCCGUCAACCGACGCAUUGCCAAUCCGCUUUCCUUGACUUUCAGUCUCACACCUGCUUAAACCAUCAGAAAGAAAGAAAAACAUAUUACAUCACAACUCGCCAAUUAUUUCAUUUUCCCUGCUCCCAUUUCUUUCAAAUUUAUUCAUUUGAAAAAUUCUCUUAACGACGUCUCUAGUCCCAUGUCAUUGUUUUUGCUUAUUUCUUUGGUGUUGGAUCGAUUUAUUUGUCCCUCUCCCAAUUUAAAUUUUCCUGGCGGCAAAAUAGCUCCUUUUUUCUUUCUUCAAAAAAUCAAACAAAUUUUUAAUUAACAAAAAAGUCAACAAUUUCUUUGAUUGGGAAGGAAACAACAAAAAAGAGUCUAGUCAGCCGCCUGGAAAAUAGGACACAAAUAACAAGAAAACACGCGAGGAAAAUAAUAGUUUCCAUACACAAAACACAGGGUCUCUAUCUCUUUCUUUGAAAAACAAAAUCGUUAGUAUAAUAACCAAAUUAACAAAAACAAAAAAGAAACAACAAAAAAAUGGGGGGAAAAAUGUUGGAAGUGAAGAAGAAGAAGAAGUUGAAUUUUGAAUUCAAAACAAAACAAAAAUGAUGAUUGUACUUGGCAUUUUUAUAUGGCCAUUUACAGUCACUGCAAACUAUAAUCAAAUCCCGGGGCCUCUCUCUUUCUCUCUCUCUUUAACUCUCUUAUCUCUAAAAAAUAAGGAAAAUUUCAUUUAAAAAUUUAAAUUCGUAAAAUGUUGUAUGUGUCGACCCAACGUAACAUCCUCCAAUGAUGAUUGAUAAUUUAGUCUCUGAGUGAAGAAAACCAAAUUUCUUUUUCUUUUUUUUAAUUAAUUGAUAGAAUGAGUGUGUGUGUGUGUGUGUGUGUCAAGUGACUGUGUGUUUUUGUUUUUGUUUCGGAAUGUUUUUCUGUGUGUUAGUUGUCGGUAUUAUUAUAUAAAAGCAGACGAGCCCUUUGUUCGCGUGACCGAAAGGCGAUGGUGGGGAGUGACGUCACUGCCACCCCCACCCAAUAACUUGCUGAUGGAUGUCGCACACCUUUUUGAUUCCCACCCACUUUGCUGUCGUCUUCCUGUGUGUCGUGUGUGUGGUUUUUCUUGGAAGCGAAACACAAAGAACGCAGACGUGUCAAAUGACAUUCCAAAUUUAAAAAAACAACAUUUUCAAUCAAGUCCACUAUUGCCGAGACGACGCCAAACAUUCAGGGAAAAUUAAUUUUUCAUUUCAUUUUCUCUAGCACCGCCGAUUUAUUAGCGCGUUUUUACCAUUUUGUGUUUUUUGUUUUCAAACCAAUAGUUUUCUAUAAUCAAUUGUGUAAAAUAAUAUUCCAGAAAAUUCAGCCAUUCCAAUCCAUACAAUGUAGCGCAUUCCAACUUAUCCAUAUCCUAGUCGCCACUUUUGUUACACGCCACACCCUUUUAUCUCCCCCCGUCAAAAUUAUUUCAUUUGAAAAAUUCCAAAGUUGAGCUCGUUCGUGUGUGUGUAUUUUACUCGUUUGAUUAUUAGUUCCUUUGUCUUAUAGUGUCGUUUCUUUUUGUUUUUUUCUUUGUGUCUGUGCGUUUUGUCUGUGUGUUUGUGUGCGGGUGGCAAUUAAUAUAAUUCAUUUAGACCUGAUUUUUUGUUUUUUUCGCUUUGGUUCUUUUUCGUUGAUAUUAUUUUUGUCUUUAUUGGCUUUUAUUCUUUAUCUUUUUAAAUAAUUUUGAUUUCCCCUCGUUUUCCCGGAACCGGAGAUGAAGUCGAUUGUCCAUUUUCGUUCAAUGCGCACGUUUUCUAUUGUCGGACUUUUUGGGGUGGUGAUGAGAGAGAAUCAAGAUGGGAAAGAACAGAAGAAGAUGACCAAACUCAUCUCUUUUCUUUCCAUCUUCUUUCGGUUGUUAACAACGGCAAAACAAACGACAGAAAGUGAUUGACCUACCCCCCCUCAAAAGGCUGCACGGCUCGUUCACAAAUGCCUUUUCGGCUGUCUACCCUUUUUUUCUGCUCCCGGGGUAUAAGAGAAACACAAGUCCCGACUGUUGUCAUCAAUUUUUGAAGGGUCGCCUUAGUAGCAGCAGCAGCAUAGGUCAGAACGAAAACAUAAAGCCCACACACCCACUAAGCAACAUCUUGUCCUAGUCUUUUAUAGAGACAAUCCUCUUUUUCUUCUUUGCGUCCCUCAUCAUUUCCUCCAACCCUCAUCUUUCCCUUCGUACCUCCAAUCUGUUUCUCCAGCGGACGACGCAACGGUAACCCUGGGUGCUCGUCGCUUUUUAAUCAGUACACGCUGGGACUCGCCAAGUCAAAACAAGGAUUACCUACAUUUUCUAGGAUAUUUCCUUUAUUUUGUUUUUAUUCAUUUUUAUUUUUAUUUUUUCGUGCUGAAAGCGAAACAAAUUUCCUUGAACUGCGGAGGAAAUAAAUAUGUUGGGCAAGUCGUGGCCCCACCCAUUUUCUGUGUUAGACUCCUCCCGUGCAAGCACACUCGGGUCUGAACGUCCGAAUCAAUAAUAGCUUUCUCUCCUUCCUUUUUCUCUCUUUUCUCCCCCCCCCCCCCUCUCUUGUGUGUCUCUCAACUCGGAAGAGGGGAGAGAGAAGAGAAAUAGGAGAACUCGAAAAAGUAGAUGAAAGUGAAAGGGAGAAACAAAAAAUAAAUAAAAAUGAAGAAGAAGAAGAAGAAGAAAAAGGACUUUGACGCGCCCUCCCACCCAACUUGAUUCGAUUCCCUUUGAUUAAAGACUGGCCAUCACUUUCUCUCUCUCCUCCUUUUAUCUCCAUCUAUCCAUCUCUUUCUGUCUUGUAUUACGUAUUGUACAGCAGACUACGACGACUGCUACUACUACUACUACUACUCCACUCUACGCAUAUAGGAGAUAAAUACAAGUUUUUGAUGCGAUAUGAAGCAGGGGGCGAAAAAAGGCUGAAGCAGCGCAUACACAAUGCGGCAGAUGAAAAGCAAACAAACGGCCUGACUGGGCAAGAAACGCGAGCGAAUCAAAUAGGAGAGCAGCAACAAAAACAACAACCGGGAAGGGGGGGGGGGGAGAACAAAAAACUAUAAGGAGCAAUAAAGUUGUUCCGUAAGUCACAUCAAACCUCUUGAUGUGUGUUUAGUAACUACUGAGAGAGAGAGAGAAGGAAGGAAGGAGAGAGUCUGAUUUGGGAAAAAAAAAAUGAAGGAAUACCAACCCCGAAAUAUUGUAGUCACUAUAAAAAGCCCCAAACUAAAAAAGGAAUAACUACUUCUUUGGCCAUCGGGUUCUCUCUCUCUCUAAACGACCAUAGCAGCAGCUACUGCUCUCUCUCUCUCUCUCUCUCACAAAACGACAACUAUAUAUCAGACUCUACAAUUAAUAAGUUUCAUGUUGUUGCUGGCUGCCAGUGAGUAUUUUUACUAUACGCUGGUCGUCCCCUCCCACCAAAAGUCUACAUGUACCCGGAGAAAGGCUACAAAACUGCUGAUUCGGACGACAUAUUUUUCCUUCUUUUACCCUGCGAACGGAAUUGCCGACUCGACUGUAAAACAAACUUGUAUUUAUUUAUUUGUGUUUAGUGUUUGUACGAGCAGCGUGUAUGGAUGGAUGGAGAGAGAGAGAGAUGUCCAUCGAGAAAUGAAAUAAAGUUCAUGAAAACCUUUUAGGGCCACCGAUGAAAAGAGGGGGGAGAGAAAAAAAUAAAAAAGGACGUGGGCGACUGACCACCUGCUGCCCCACCCAAUGAGAAAAGUGUGUCGGUUAUAUACGUGUGUGUGUUGGGGGGAGAAAAACUCUCCGACACAUCAAACAACACCUCGUGCCUCGAGUUUUUCCCGUUUACUUGAGAGGAAUAAAAAAUAAGGCGAUCGAUUGAAUUACAUUCGCUUCGUUGGAUGAAUAGAUGAUUACCGGCAAAUUCAAUUUUCCCGCUUUUCUAUUGCAUCCGUCCGUCUCCUUCGUUUUGCGCCCAAAUUGAAUAGCUAACUUUUUUUUUUAAGAACUAAAACAUUUGAUCAGUUUGAAUGGCCUUUCAAUAAUUUACUCGCGCAAUUUCAACAACAACCCAAAAAAUUGAUCAAGAAAAACCGGAAAUUUUUAGAAGAUGGCGACCAAUGGAAGGGAAAAAAAGGCAAACGUCACGGUGGUGGGAGGAGAAAGAAUGGCGGUGGGGGGGAGAUGAUUAUUGUUGUUCAACCCUCGGUCCCUGCGACGCGGAACGCAAUAAUAAAAAAAAAAAAAGGAAAAAGGCCGUGAGGGGGGCGACUGCGACGGCGCAAAUAUGAUAUAAGGUCGAUUGAUAUUUUCCAAUUGCUCAGCGUCAAAACAAGACCCAAGAUCCAACCCUCGCCACCCCUGUACCUUUUUUUUCUUCUUUUUUGUUCUCCCCCUCACUGUAGCAGGAGGCGAUCGUCUAUAGUCAAUCAUUUCCCAACGAUAUGGGCUUAUUUCAUCUCGUACUACAACUACUGAGAGCAGGCAGUAAAAGAGUAGGUAAUUCAAUUCCAAAUCGGGGUAGGACCCUGUCGGUCACUGACCGCGCCCAUGUCGAGUUCCAACCGAAAACGAGCGAGUUCUUGUCUUCUUUGCCAAGAAAGAAAGAGAAGAAAAAAUAUAAAGGAUCGUUGGAAGGUUAAAAGGUGUAAGGUAUCCUCCUCUUGACGUCAAAUGACACUCGACGAUUCCGGGGAAACGGACAAAUUCCGGGAAAUUUUAUUUUUUUCCUUUUUCCUUUUUCUGUUUUAUUUUUUAUUAUUUUGUGAUAAUUUUUGCACGAGUCAUGUAAAAUGGUUUCCUUUAAACAAAAUGGCGUUCGUCGUUGGUUAGAAAGACCGCGAGCAAUAUCAAAAAAAGAAAUAAAAAAAUGUCCGAAUUGAAAAGAAAUUCAGCACGAGACACGGAAGAUGACGUCACACCUCCCCGAUAAAAUUGUCGUGCGAUUUUUUCAAACAUGUUAACAAUGAUAUUAAUGCAAAUGAUGUUAUUAUAAGCCAGUGCGUCAGCCAAGUGAAUUUAUGUGCAAAGAAAUGAAGCUUAUUCGGGUCAGUGAUUUGAUUUGAAUCCAGCCCCCAACUCACACAAUUUGCGUCUAAACAAACAACACGAAAAUCAAAAUGGUCGAGUCCUUAUAUUUAUUAUUAUAACUACCACAUAUUUAAACCAAAUAACGGAAUUGGAGAUUUAUAACUACGUGUGUGUUCCCCCUUUUUCGUCCCCAAUAAUCUUUCAGAUUUAUCAUUUGACUUUAUCGACGAGGCAGAAAUCUCGCGUGUGUGUCUGACUGAUUGUAACUCUGCCAAUUAUGAAACGGUCAUAAUAAUAAUGAAAUAAUAAUCCAUUUUCUGUUCGUGAAACCCCCUCCCCGAGAAAUGAUUUUAAAUUUUAUUUCAAUGUACGUGUCGACUACUAAACGUGAAUAUCGGCGGGUACUAAACAAACUCGUCUGACAACCUAACGGCAAAAUCAAAAAUGGAUCGUGGCUUUCUUAUCAAGACAAAAACAAAAUGUUCUAUCGUGCGCUAUAUCUCUCUCUCUCUGCUAUUUCUAAUUCUUGUUCUUCGAUAUUGUCUCCCCCACUAACCCCCCGAUGUCCAACCCCUCCCUUAAUUGAUAAUGUUAAUUAACAGCGUUAUCGAAAACCCAUGAUGCAGUGUAUCAAAAUAAAGGAAAAAGAAAAAAAAAUUAGUUUUUAUGGGAAAUAAUAAUAUUUGAAAAAAAAAGAGAGAACCUGACUGACGUGGUGGUCUGUAAUGUGUGGUCGCUGUUGUAUUUUGUACCUCCCCCCCUCCCCCAAUGAUUUUAUUUUUUAAUUUCUCGAUGUGAAAAAUUCAAUUUUUUCUUCAAAUAAAAAAAAAAUCAAAAAGUUCCUAUGACGCCACAAGAGAAAACGACAAGUUCCUAAUCGACGAGGCUAUUAAAAAAACAAAAGAGCAACAGCAGUUCCUAUUAAAAAAUGAUUCCUGAAAUUAUUAUGUCAAUGUAUGUCGUUUUUCUUCAUUUUAAAAAUUUCUUCUUCUACUUGUUUCCUUUGAUGAAUUCCCAAAAUUUCGUUUAUCGGCGUCUCGUCCCAAAAAAUUCAAAUAACUUCGACCCCAUCCAAUACUUUAUAAACCCACUUGUUUCACGGUGUUGUUGUUUCACAAUUCGCCAGAAAGAAGAAGAAGAAAAAAAACCUAACCGGCAGUCUGUGUACACUUUGACACGAGGAAAUGACUCCCCAUCCCACCCCCCUCCGCCCUUAUCGUGAAUGUGUGUGUAUGUGUGAGCGCCUAUGUGAGUGUGUAAAUGAGCGCCCUGAUGGAAAAUACCCUCCUUCCCAUUACUCUCUCUCUCUUUCCCAACAACAACAACAACAUAACUACCCCCCGGAAAUUCUCUCACCCACGUUUAUAAUAUUCUUUGGAAAACAAUUUCGUUUCGAUUUUGUCAAUUUGGGUUUCAUUUCAAUUUCAUUUGGAAUUAUUUUCUUUGCAUUCAUCAAUACAUGGUAUCAUGGUUUCGUGUA